CGUUGAUUACGACGUCGUCAGCCAUACAUUUUUUCUUCCACGUAGUGGUAGUGGUGGUGGUGGAGAUCGUUUACACAUCGAAAAUUUUCAAAAGUAGUUCUUCUUGGCAGCGGAGAUCAUUGGCACGGUUGCGUCGCAUUUUUGGGAGGGUUGUUGUUGUCGUUGAGAGAGUGUGGUUCGAGAUUAAUUCAAGUUUCGACCGAAAGUGCGGGAGUGUGGUGUUGUGUGCAGGAGAGCCAGCCGGUGAAUGCGACUCCAAAGUGUGUACCCAAAGAUCUCAUAAUAACUACCACUGCCAUGAAUGUUCGAUGGUUAUUUCGGAACAUAAUUUAUUGUGUGUUUCUUGUGUUUAUUAUUGUUAAUUUAAUUAGUGAUGUGAAUGCAGCUGUUAAAAAGCCAGCCGCUGCUGCAGCUUCCUCAACGAGUGGUGGUGCACACAAAGAGGCUGUUAUUGAGGAAGUUACCGCCAAACAGCUAGAGCGAAUAUUAAACGAAAAGGAUUUUGUGGCUGUGUAUUGGUAUGCAAGAAGUUGUGUAACAUGCGAUAAAGUAUUAGAGGAACUCGAAAAAAUCGACGAUGACACAGAUACAUUUGGUGUUGAUUUUGUUAAAAUAAACGAUAAACGUUUAGCCAAACAAUAUGGAAUUAAAAAUUUCCCAGCCCUUACAUAUUUCCGAGAGCGUGAGCCAAUUAUUUAUGAAGGUGAUCUUAUGGAUGAGGAAAAUGUUCUGGAAUUUCUUACAAGUUUGGAAGCCAUGGAUUUACCUGAUCGUAUUGAAGAAGUAAAUCAAAGAAUCCUUGAGAAAAUUGUCGAAGAUACGGAAUAUGUAGCUGUUCUAUUUUGUCCUGACUCAAAAUCAUGUCCUCCUCUUGGGGCUAAUAAACCUGAAUGUAAAAAAUGUUCAAAAGUAUUACAAGAAUUAGAAAAUAUUGACGAUGAAGCUGAUCAACUAGAUAUUGGUUUUGUUAAAAUCCACGAUGAAGAAUUAGCAGCAGAAUAUAAUUUGGGUGAACUUCCAGCAUUAGUUUACUAUCGACAUCAAAUACCAAUCAUCUAUGAAAAUGAGCUAACUCGCGAAGAAGAUGUUUUAGAAUGGUUAGUACAAAAUAAAUCAACUGGCGAUGAAGAAGACGUCAUUGAAGAUGUUACUGCGAAAACUUUAAACACUUUAAUUGGCAAUAUUGAUAAUUUGGUAGUACUUUUCUACGAUAAUGAUGAUGAAGAGAGCGAAAAAAUCCUUGGAGAACUCGAAAAAAUUGACGACGAUUGUGAUAAACAUGGUAUACAAUUUGUAAAAAUUGAUGAUGAAGCUGCAGCAAAGGAAUUUGGAAUUGAUCAUUUACCAGCCAUUGUAUAUUUUGAGAAAGAAGUACCAAAUUUAUACGAUGGAGAUAUUGAGAAUGAAGAUGAAAUACUUCAGUGGUUAUUGGAACAAUUGGAAAAGGAUGAAAUUGAAGACGUCACUGAUGAAAUGUUAGAUCGAUUAAUUAAAGAAGGAAAAACGUUAGCUGUACUUUUCUAUGACAAUAAUGAUCGUAAAUCACAACGUGUACUUAACGAGCUCGAAAAUAUCGACGACGAAUGCGAUAAGCUUGGCAUCAUUUUUGUUAAAAUUGAUAAUGUUGAUGAAGCUAAAGAAUAUGGUAUUGAAAAAUUACCGGCUUUGAUAUACUUUGAAAAAGGUAUUCCAACGAAAUAUGAAGGCAACCUAGAAGAUGAAGAUAAAGUUUUAAAAUGGUUUGAACAUCAACAAAAAAGUGACGAAAUCGAGGAUGUCACAGAUGAAAUGCUAGAUUUGAUUAUUGAAAAAAUGCACUAUGUUGCCGUUUUAUUUUAUGAUAAAGAUCAAAAGAAAAGUCAGAAAGUCUUAGCAGAAUUGGAAAAUAUUGAUGACGAAUGUGACCAAAAUGAUAUUGCCUUCGUAAAGAUAGACGAUGAUGCUGAAGCGAAAGAAUAUGGUAUUGAUAAUUUACCGACACUGGUAUUUUUUGAAAGAGGUAUUCCACAUAUGUAUGAAGGGGAUUUGUUAAAAGAAGAUGAAUUACUUGGAUGGUUAGUGCACCAAAAACGUCAUACAGAAAUACCAGAUAUCACUGAUGAAAUGAUGGAACGUUUAAUUGAAACUACCGACUAUUUAGCUGUCUUAUUUUAUGAUAAAGAAGACAAGCAAGAUAUUCGUAUUUUAAAUGAAUUAGAAAAUAUCGAUGAUGAAUUGGAAAAAGAGGGUAUUAUAAUUGUACGAAUUGACAACGAUGCUGAAGCCAAAGAAUUUGGCAUUGACCAUUUACCCACCUUGGUGUAUUUUGAGAAUAAAAUUCCAGCAUUGUAUGAAGGUGAUUUAAUGAAUGAGGAAGAAGUCUUAAAAUGGUUGCUAGAACAAAAAAAUAGUGCAACUAUUGAAGAAGUUACUGAUGAAAUUCUCCAAGAUUUGAUUGAUGAACAUGAAUAUGUCGUAGUCUACUUCAGCGGCAAAUGUGAAGAAGAUGAACCAUGCGAUGAUAUCUUGGAAGAAUUAGAAAAUAUUGACGAUGAAUUAGACGAAACUGGUAUUAUAUUCGUAACAACUGAAGAUACAAAUGUUGCCAAAAAACGUGGAAUUAAGAAAUUCCCAAGUCUUGUAUUCUUCCGAAACAAAGAUCCACUUAUAUACGAGGGAGAUAUCGGAGAUGAAGAUGAGGUAUUAGCAUGGCUUACUGAUGAAGAUACUCUUGAAAUUCCUGGAAAAAUUGAAGAAGUUAACUCCAAAAUGUUAGAAAAAAUUCUUAAUGAAAACGACCUUGUGGUCGUAUUUUUCUAUAAGGAAGGUGACAAAAAAUCAAUGAAAAUUUUACAAGAAUUAGAAAAUAUUGAUGAAGAAUGUGAAGAAAAAGAAAUAGAUUUUGUAAAAACAUCUGACGCUGACAUUGAAAAGGAAUAUGAUUUACCAUAUUUGCCUGCGUUGGCAUUUUAUCGUCAUAAAUUCCGUGAAAUUUACAGUGGCGAUUUAAUGCAUGAAGAGGAAAUUCUAGAAUGGGUUCUAGAAAGCUCUGAAAAACAACCUGAUGUCAUUGAAAAUGUUGAUCGUAAAACACUUCAAGUUCUUAUUAACGAUGUUGAACAUUUAGCUGUUUUCUUUUAUAAUGAUAAAUGCGAAGAAUGUCCAAAGAUUCUUGAAGAACUAGAAACAAUCGAUGAUGACACCGAUAAACAUGGUAUACAAUUUGUCAAGUCUAAAGAUGCUAAAUUAGCAGCCGAAAUUGGUAUAUUCAGUUUUCCAGCAUUGGUUUAUUAUGAAACGGGUGUUCCAAUUAUGUAUGAUGGAAAUCUUUUGGAUGAACAGGAAGUUUUAGACUGGAUGGUUGACCAAAAAAAUGAUGCUAGUAUUGAAGAAAUCGAUCGAGAUCAAUUAUUUAAAUAUAUUGAAACCAAAGAAUUUUUGGCUGUUGUAUUUUAUAAAGAAGACGAUCCGGAUAGUCCAAAAGUAUUACGUCAUGUUGAAUUGAUUGAUGAUGAAGCUUCGGAGUAUGGUAUUAAAAUUGUACAAAUGUCUGAUAAACUUAUGGCAAAGAAAUAUGGAUGGAGAAAUCCACCAGGCAUUACAUAUUUUCGUAAAGGCAAAUAUAUCAAUUAUGAUGGUGAUAUUGAUGACGAAGAAGAGAUAUUAGAUUGGUUAACGGACCCAGAAAAUAUGGAACUAACUGAUGCAAUUGAAAAAGUGAAUCGAAAAAUGUUUGAGAAAAUUCGGCAAAGUUCCGAUUACUUAGCAGUAUUUUUUUUUAGCAGCGACUGUAAACAAUGUCCUAGAGUUUUAGCCGAAAUUGAGCAUAUUGACGAUGAAGCAGAUAGUGCAGGAAUUAAUUUUGUUAAAAUUGACGACAAGACUAUGGCAAAAGAAUUUGGUGUCUUUGCAUUACCAGCUGUCCUAUUCUUUAAAAUGGGCUCGCGAGAACCUGUAAUAUAUGCUGGUGAUUUGUACGAUGAAGAACAAUUAUUAAAUUGGCUAAUGACACAAAAGGAUCCAUCUGGAGAAGUUAUUGAAGCAUUGGAAGGUGACGUGUUACGCCAUUUGAUAAAAACUUCUGAAUCAUUAGCAGUUUAUUUCUGGAAUAAAACAUUAUGUGAUGCAUGCGGUGCUAAGCACAUGCGUAAAUUGAAGAAGAAACUUGAGCACGACGCUUUAAAUACUGAAGAACAACAUGCUGAUCACGGCGAUGAGGCGUCGGACGAAUGUGAACAAUGUGCAAGUAUUCUUGAAGAACUUGAAAAUAUCGAUGACGAUUGCGACAGGCAUAAAAUAACAUUUGUUAAAACUCAGGAUUUUGAAAUAGCAGAGGAAUAUGGCAUUACAGAUUUUCCAGUACUCGUUUACUUUGAAGAUGAUUCUCCAAACGUAUUUGAAGGCGAUUUGGCUGAAGAAGAGGAAGUUUUACAAUGGUUAAUAACACAAAAAACCGAAGAUCGUAUUGAAACAAUUACACGCGUAAUGCUUGAAACAUCGGUUGAAGAAACACAAUACCUAGCUGUAUAUUUUUAUAAAUUAAACUGUAAUAUCUGUGACCAGAUAUUGGAAGGUUUAGAAAAAAUAGACGACGAAUGCGAUGUAUUUGGCAUACACAUGGUGAAAAUUCAGGAUCCACAACUGGCAAAACGCUAUUCCAUCAAAACAUUUCCUGCAUUAGUAUAUUUUCGAAAUGGCAAUCCAUUACUAUUUGAAGGUGAUUUGCAAAACGAAGAAUCGGUCCUUGAAUGGCUUAUUGAUGAUGAUAAUCGCGAACUAGCUGAUGAAAUUGAAGCUGUGAAUGAACGAAUGUUGGAAAGAUUAAUGGAAGAAUCACCAUUUCUUGCUGUAUUUUUCUAUGAUGAAGACUGUCCAGAAUGUGCAGAAAUCUUAGAAUCGUUAGAACAAGUUGAUGGCGAAGCAGAUUUAUUUGGUAUUGAUUUUGUAAAAAUUUCUAGUCCAGAAGCGGCUGAAAAAUACGGCAUCUCAAAUUUACCAUCAUUAGUAUACUUCCGAAAAAAAGUUCCAGUAUUUUAUGAUGGCGAUUUAGGCCAAUUUGAAAAAGUAUUGAAGUGGUUGACAUCACAAGAUAUAUUUGAAAUCAAAAAUGAAAUUGAAGAAGUCAAUCGAAAAAUGUUAAAUAAAUUAUUGGACGAAAAUGAAUUUGUAACGGUUUUCUUUUAUGAAAUGGAUGCUCCAGAAAGUAGACAAGUGUUGGAUAAAUUAGAGAAUAUUGAUAGUGAGACUGAUAAUUUUGAUAUAACUUUUGUCAAAAUGGGUGAUCCUCGAUAUGCCAGAAAAUGGGGUGUUACAAAACUGCCAGCCAUUGUAUAUUUCCGUAAAAGAUUUCCAAGUAUUUACAGAGGAGAUUUAAGAGCAGAGGACCAAGUAUUGGAUUGGUUGCGAAAAAAUCGCUUUAGACAACCAGAAUUAAACAUAUUUAUGUACGCUUUAAUUGCAAUUUCGGCAGCGUUUAUUGUGUACACAGCAUUUUUAUUACAAUGUUUUAAAUCACAUGCUUUACCACCAGCACCACAUCCAAAACAAGCGUGAUUUUAAUUACUUUUAAGUUUUUUUUUCUUUUGUUCAUUUGAAUUUUAUUUUAGAAUUAAUUUUAAAUAAAAUUAAAAUAUACGUUUACGCAGAAAUCCAUCAUCACUUUAUUAUCGACAAAUUAUGUUUACGUAAAACGUAAAACCAUUGUUAAAACUUUUAAAACCCUCGACUUUGUAGGCAAAACCAGAAAUCGACACUUAAAUAUUAGUAAAUUGAUGUUACUGAUAGGAACAGUCUUGGAAAUAUAAUUCUACAAAAAUGCUGCCUACUCUGCAAUUUGAAGUGUGGAUUAAGAACACAACAAAAAACAAUAUUGAGAUUAUUUCAUCAAUAAUUUACCAUCUUUGUGGAUAUUGAUUUUAAACAAAUAUAUCAAUACUGAACAAAAAUUGAAUAUAUUUGUAAUAGUUUCAAAAACGGCACGAGAUAUUCUUUACAAAUAUUAUUAAUUUGGCUCUCCCAAUUAGUUCGAUUGUGACCACGCUGCUAGUGUAUCCUUCGUACACUUAAUAGGUUUUAAAAAUAUUCACUGGCGGCUAUGGCAAAAAUGCAGUUUCGUUAAUAAUUUACUUUCUUUAUCAAAUAUUAUUGUUUUUCUAAGAUUGAAAUGUCUUGAAAUUCAAAAAAUUACUGCCAAGUACAGUAGUUUAGCUGUACGAAAUAGAUUUCUCAAAAUACGAAUAAAUAUCCUUUCAAUGUAAAAAUUCGAUAACAAAGACUUUAUCAAGGUUUCUUGUAUUCAUGCGACUUGAAGCAGUUUUUGCUGUUUUUUCAAUUUGUACAGGAUUCAGUAUCCUUGCUUUUAAAUAUUUGCGGAUCGUUGUGUGCGCAACUCUUAUUUGUUCAGCUGACAUCUGCUAUGAGUUUACCAAUUCUUCGCUUCCAAAUUUUCGGUGGUGUAGAGCGUUUUUAUCAUCAAUAUCAAAAUCAUUAUUUUUGAAGCUUUUUAACCAAUCCCUACAUAUUAACAUAAGUCUGAGCACUCAUUCAUUGAGCUUCGGAUGCUUUUUUAAAAUAACAAGUAGUGUAAUAAAAUUCCCCGCCUUUAUCUUCUCUUUGUUUGCACGAAAUAUUUAACGCUAUGAAAUACACUUGGACGGUGGCGUUGACUACAUACUUGUAAUAUCAAAAAAGUCAAGUAACAGCAUUUGUCGAGAAUAGCGAAAAUUGUUUCAAGUCCUUAUUAAUAUGAGCAUCAGUUUUAACAUUUGAGUAAACAAAGUCAAUGUAAAAAACAUUUUGAAUACCGCUUGUAUAUAUAAAUUUAUAGUUUUAUAUAAAUGUGAUUUAUUUCUUCCGAGUAGAAUUAGACAAUGAUGAGACAACUUCUUAACUGAAAGAGGCGUAAUUUCUUUCAUGAAAAUCAGGUAAAAUAAAAUAACUUUUGUUACUUUUAGCGUUACAGAGCGAACUGCAGUUGGGAUUGAGUAUGCUAAAAUCAACAAAUAGAAUUUUCUAUGUGAAGGCAUUUAUUAUUGCUUAUGAAAUUUUAACCCUUUUAUAUCUCGGAAACUAUUGACAGUAUAACUUUAAGACCAUUGGGAGUUUUAUUCAAGAAGUCAAGGACUACAACUGCCAUUUUGGCUCAUUGGAUGGGCACUCCAGUUAUUAAUAACCUUAUUACAAUUUUCUGUGAUUUAAAAAUCAGGAGGCCAUACAAUUAUAAUAUUUAUUGGUUUUCAAAAUGAUUCGGUUUAAAAGAUCGAAAAAAUUUUUGCAUUACAUAAUGAUCGCCCUAGACCCAUACUCUCAAAAAAAUAAACUCACUAUUCGAAUUUUUUAUACUCAAUCCCAACUAUUUCGCUAAUUUUGCUUCGAACAAUUUUAAAAUAUUGAAGCAGACAUAAAGAGCUAUGUAAAUAAGUAAGUUUUUUUUUCGUUUUAAAAUUUCAUGUAUAUCGAAGACAUUUUUUUUUUUGUUUCUUGUUAAUUAUUAUUAAGUGAUGUGAAUAUAUCUGCGGAUUUAAAAUCGCAUUCACUUCCGAUUACUUUGGACCAAGUAUAAUAACAGAUUAUUGUUAUACAUAUUGUUAGUCAAUUUUAAAUACUUAACAUAAUUUGUUUAAAAAAUG